AUGACGCAGGGUAAGCCACUUACACAGAACCCGAAAAUCAGCUCGACACACAACGCAAAUUCCUUCAAGUUCGCUCUGUUCAAGAACGCUGAAGCCUUGGCCAUUCCUGACGCGUCGCGACGAUCCGUGUUUUCUUUUCAAGCGCAACAACGAACGCAGGCCGGGAGUUCAUCUCAGACUCACAUAUCGGCACCGCUAUUUCUUUCAGACGUCCAAGAAUCGAAGGCACCGGUCAAUAUCCUGCAGGCUCGCGACGUCGGACAGGGGGAGGCACAAAAGGGAAGGAGAGACGCGUCAUUACCGUUGCCGGCCUCACCCAAAUAUGAAGGCCGCGCAUACAUCCAGCCAGCAUCGCGUAAACCGCCGCCAAAUCGUCCUUCACCUACCGCUUCACACAGAAAAAGAGAAUUCUGGCCAGAAUAUAGCCGGGAAAACGACAGAACCGCAUCUUUGACCUUAAUUCCGGGGGAGUCCAACCACAAACCUAGUCGUCGACAAUUCCCCACCCUAUCUGGAGCGCAUACAUCUUCUUCGCCUCCGCCUUCACGCCCCAGCUCGCGGUCUCAAGCCGUUUUUCCACGAUCAAAAAAUGAAUUAGGUUUCAAUUCGAUUCCAGAUACGUCUCUCAAACCACAACAAACUCCUCCCAUUGCGAAAAGGGAUGUAAAGCGAGCGUUUAGCGAUCUCCUUGAGCAUAACCACCGAUACGAGGCUCUCUUUGCGGAAUCGAUCGCGCUGCAAACACAAAAUGAGUAUUUAUUGCGGAUGCGCAGUGCGGCGACAAAGGAUUUUAAGUCUGCGCGUGAAGAACUUUCCGCUACAGCAGGGUAG